UCUGAAAUCAUAUUUGGGGCCUAUAACGAUCGAAGAGCAUAAGCAAAACCCAUCUCUGGCCUUUAUCUUCGGUGAUGGCAUUGGCUACAACUUUUCUCAGCUCUACUAUCAAGAGCACAAAUGACGGAAAUACAUGGAAGAGCUUGGGAUUUAUCAAGCCGGCCAAUUUGAAGCCGAACCAACAAAUCCAAACAAAGCGGUUCAAAGUAAAUUGUUUAAUCCGUACAGAUCAAAAGUUGACUGAGACCAAAACGGUGACUUUGGUGGAGAGUGUUGAACCGAGCACUAAUGGGGUUGUGACUAGGGAUCUACAGACAAGCGAGCCUAGUAUGUCAACAUUGGUUGUGAGUUACCAUAAUGACUUUGAUCCUUUUAAGGCAACCUCUACACCAAUUUAUCAAACUGCUUCCUUUAAAAUGCCUUCUGCAACAAAAGGUGGAGAAUAUAUGUAUUCUAGAAGUGGAAAUCCUACCCUUGAUACUUUUGAAAGGUUACUAGCAAAGCUGGACAAUGCAACUCAUGCCUUUGGCUUUGCAAGUGGACUGUCUGCUUUGACUGCUGUUUCUGAACUCGUUAAACUCGGCGAAGAAAUCAUUGCUGGAGAGGAUAUUUAUGGUGGCUCAUAUAAAUUCUUGAUUGAACUAGUUGCAAGAAAGCAAGGAGUCGAAGUGAACCGCAUAGACCUAACUGAUCUAGACAAGGUGAAAACUGCUCUUGCACGUGGCAUGACUAAGUUAGUGUGGCUAGAGACUCUGAGCAACCCGCAAAUAAGAGUACCUGAUAUUCGGGCAAUAUCGAAGCUCGCUCAUGAACAUGGAGCCAUUGUGUUUGUGGACAAUAGUAUAAUGUCUCCUGUGUUAUGUCAGCCAUUGGAACUUGGAGCAGAUAUUGUUAUGCAUUCAGCUACCAAAUUUAUUGCCGGAAAUAGUAGUGUCUUGGGUGGUGUCGUUGCAACGAAAAGUGACGAGUUGGCGGAGCAGCUGAAGUUUUUCAGAAAUGCAAUGGGUUGUGCCUUAUCUCCAUUUGACUCUUGGCUCUGUUUGGAAGGAAUCAAAACAUUGGUCCUACGAAUUGAGAAAAAAGAGGAGAAUGCACGAAAGGUUGCUGAGUAUCUUAACUCCCAUCCUAGUGUAAAAAAAGUCAACUAUGUUGGUUUUGCUAGUAAUCCUGGACAUGCCGUGCACUUUUCUCAGGCAAAAGGGGCAGGAUCUGUGCUUAGCUUUGAAACAGGCUCACUGCCGCUCUCACAGCAUGUUUGUGAAAAUACAAAAUACUUUGGCAUGGCUGUUAGUUUUGGGGGUGUGGGUUCUGCAAUUUGUUUGCCCUGGUUUUCAUCCCAAGCUGGCAUACCUGAAGCAGAGCGUGAAUCUAUGGGCAUAACUCAAGAUCUUGUGCGUCUUUCUGUGGGGAUUGAGGAUGCUGAUGAUCUUGUUAAUGAUCUAGCACAAGCAUUCUCGUCUUAUGCCUCUGAACUUCCCUAUUGGUUUUGAGUGAGGAUGCUGAGCACUAGCGCCCCCCCCCCCCCCCCAAAAAAAAAAAACUUUCUAAAAAUGAGCGUUAAAGUGCCCCAGAAAUAAGAAAUAAAAAAGGAGAAAUAAAUGGAAUUUCUAAACCGGUUUGUAUGCCACAGCCAGUUUAGAAAGGCUUGCUUCUUGGAAUUUCAUGAUAUUUUUGGCUAUGUCAAGACUUCAAAUUUGCGACUUGGAAUUUCUGUACUCUAUAUCUUUCAUAUUUGUUGAGUGAGGAUGUUGGUGAUCGAUUUGGCAGUUCUAUUAAUGAUGGUUUGGUGUUUUUAUUA